AGGUGUGCUGCUAUCAAGUCUAGCCAGCUCAUUUGCACUGUGAAGGGUACUUACUAGGGGAAAGUCUUGAGACUGGGUUAAUGGUCGUCAUCUCAACACGGAGAGUUUUCAGUCCAUAUCUUUAAGGCACCACAACCUUCCAAUUUUCCGAGUCCCUUCUCCAACUCCAUGACAUAACAACCGCGUUUUCUCUCCAUCCCACUUCAACCUUCAGUCCACCAUGGCGAAAGAUAAGAAAGCCAAAGGGGACAAAAAGGCCGUAAAAGCUGCAAAGGCAGCCAAGCAAGAAAAAAAAGCCGGCAAGAAAGAGAAGAAACAGUCAACGAAGAAUAAGGAUGUAGACUCCGACACUGAAUCUGUCGAUCUCGAUGCCGUCCUCGCGCAAUACGCAAAGGAGCAGGAGCAAUACCACGCCAUUACCGAGGUAAACUGUGAGCCACCAUCCCCACGGACAUCUAGCACAUUGUUAGCGAACCCCGUGAAUGAAAAUGAGCUGUUCUUGUACGGGGGCGAGUACUUCAACGGAGCCACGGCGCAGUUUUUCAAUGACUUGUUUGUGUAUAGCAUUAAGCAGGAUAGCUGGAAGAAAGUCACGAGUCCAAACAGUCCAUUACCAAGGAGUGGUCAUGCGUGGUGUAGGGCCGCAAAUACGAAGGAUGUGUAUCUUUUUGGGGGGGAGUUUAGUUCCCCAAAGCAAGGAACUUUCUAUCAUUACAACGAUUUCUGGCGCCUAGAUCCGACGACAAGGGAAUGGACGAGGAUUGAAGGGAAGGGAAAGGCCGCGAGCCCUCCGGCCCGAAGUGGGCAUCGAAUGGUCGGGUUCAAGCAGUAUAUUUUUCUGUUUGGCGGCUUCCAGGAUACGUCUUCGACGACAAAGUAUCUGAACGAUCUGUGGAUAUAUGAUUGCACGGCAUUCUCGUGGCAUACGCCGAAAUUACAAUCCGCACGCGCUGUUCCCGAUGCUCGAUCCAGUUUCACGUUCUUGCCACACGACCAAGGCGCAGUUCUCUAUGGUGGCUACUCCCGCGUGAAAACAUCCGUUGGUGCCACAAGGCAGCAACAACAAGCUAAAGGCAAAAAAGGAGGCGGUGGGGGAGGACCCUCUUCCCGUUUAGUCCUGAAACCAAAGGUUCACGAAGAUACCUGGUUCCUGCGCAUCACCCCACCAGCGUCAGAAGCUCCAUCCACAGCCCUCCCAAGUGUAUCAUGGGAACGUCGAAAGAAGCCGGCAAAUCCACCCAACCCGCCUCGUGCUGGUGCAACAAUGACAUUCCACAAAGGUCGCGGUAUAAUGUUCGGUGGCGUUCAUGAUGUCGAAGAGAGCGAGGAAGGCAUCGACUCUGAAUUCUUCAACCAGUUGUUUGUAUGGAACAUUGAGAGAAAUCGUUACAUGCCGCUUACUCUGCGCCGCCCAAAAGCUAACGCAAACAAGAAAGCGGCGCAGCAAGCCAAUGUAAGUCGCCGAGGGCGUGGAAAAGCGGAUGAGGAAGAGCUUCUUGCAAAUCUUAGGGCGCUGGAAAUGAAGGCCGGCAGUGGCACCUCUCCAUCUGAUGAAGAUAGCCAUAAAUAUGAAGAGAAGAAGGAAGACGAACAGGAAGAUCGGCCCGAAAAACCCCGUCUCUUCGAAUUUCCCCAUCCGCGGUUCAAUGCUGUGCUCACAGUCCAAUCUGAUACGCUCUACAUCUACGGUGGAACCUUCGAAAAAGGCGAUCGAGAAUACACAUUUGACGAACUCUGGUCCGUCAACCUCAACCACCUGGACGGCGUCGUCCAAAUCUUCAAACGCGAGCUGGAAGACUGGCAAGGCAGCGAAGACGAAGCCGACUCUGAAGACGACUCUGAAGAUGACGACUCUGAAGAUGAUGAAGACGACGAAAAGAGCGAAAUAGCUAGUGUAUCCACGGCACCGACAAGCGUAGCUGCGCCUGAAGAGGAUAUCGGCACGACCGAAGAAAUUUCUGCCCUUACAGACAUGCUGCCACACCCACGACCUUUCGAAUCCCUACGAGAUUUCUAUGCCCGGACUUCAGAACAGUGGCAGACCAUUGUCAUCGAAGAACUUGGUAAGUCAGCAAAAGGGAUUGGGAAAACGCCUAAGGAGAUUAAGACUGCAGCGUUCACCCAGGCAGAGGAUAAAUGGUGGGAUUGCAGGGAGGAGAUUCGGGCGUUGGAAGAUGAGCAAGAGGCAGCGGGUAUUGGGGAGGUGGUUAGUUUAGCGGAUAAAGGUGGGGAGGGGAGUGAUAGUCAUACUGCAUCUUGCCGCUUAACGUGGAACAUACCAAUGGCAAUUUAG